UUCUAAAUUUACAAAAUUCAAAAUAAGUUCAAACGAGAAAGGAAACGAGAAGGGUUUUCCAAAUGCCACACAAUCCAAAUACUCAGUAAACUAUGGCAAUGUCAGAGCAAAUGACCAAAAUCUUCAGAUCUGCAACUCCUCCAUGAACCACAAAAAGUGACAGUCAGUCUGCUUUUUGAGAGAUGAUGUGUCACAAUUUGACUGGUACUUUACUUAUCACUAUUUAAAUCCUCCUCCACAAUUUUUCUUCAACCACCCAUAACAUAACAGCCAAAGUGACAAACACUAUGAGCAGUAGCAGCAUGAAAUCCAUCAACUUCCCCAAAACCAGCAAUUCAAUAAACUAUAAUCCUCCAUUUUCAACCAAAAAUCUCAACUUUCUUAUUGCAUAUCCCAAUAUUGUCAAAACCCAGAAAUACCCUUCACUAAUUUUAGCUCUUUGUUCAAGAACACCACACACUCACAAUCAGAAUGACAACACCAUUGGUGAAAAUCCUAAUUCAAAAUCCAAUGCUGAAUUUGGUUCUAAUUCAAGUGAGAUUGACACACAAAAAACCCAACCAAAAUUCAAUUCUAGUUCAAUAAUUACCCCUCCUGCAUUACCUUCCAGGGGGUUAAUAUUUGGUAUUGGUCAAAAUGGAGGUUGGGAUAGUGCUGUUGUUGGUUCCCCUGUAGUAAAAAGAUUCUUGAGUGAUGAGGAAGAGAGGUGGUAUAUGUGGUACUAUGGAAGAUCUGAGAAGGACUCGGAUUCGGGUUCGGCCGGGUUAGCGAUUUCUAGCAAUGGGGUGCAUUGGGAGAGGGGAGAGCUUGCAGCUGAUUCGAGUUCCGGAACUGGGGUGGUGAUGACCUGUGGUGAAAAUUGGUGGGGGUUUGAUAUAAAAAGUAUUAGGCCUUCAGAGAUUAUGAUAAUGUCUAGUCAAAAAGUUAGAGCUUCUAUGGCUGUUUAUUGGCUUUAUUACACUGGUUUUAGCUCUGAGAAAGUGGAACUUUUACAAGAUAACUUUCUCCAAAUUACAGAUGCUGCAAAAGAGGUUGGGUUCGGGUUCGGGUUUGAGGGAGUUUUCAAGUCAUUGCCAGGGUUAGCCAUAAGUCAAGAUGGGAGAAAUUGGGCUAGAAUUGAAGGUGAUCAUCAUAGUGGAGCUUUAUUUGAUGUGGGGUCAAAAGGAGAAUGGGAUUCUUUGUUCAUUGCUUCUCCACAUGUUGUUUUUCAUAGCAGUGGAGACUUGAGAAUGUAUUAUCAUUCCUUUGAUCCUGAAGAAGGGAAAUUUAGUAUCGGUAUGGCGAGAUCAAGAGAUGGGAUUAAGUGGGUGAAACUAGGCAAGGUAAAGACUAUAAGACAAGGGUCAAGUAAUGAGGGAUGUUUUGAUGAAAUGGGGAUAUUGAAUGCUUGUGUUGUAAGAGAUAAGAAAGUAGGGAACUAUUUGAUGGCAUAUGAAGGUGUUGACAGGGAUGGGAAGAGGAGUAUUGGGAUGGCAGUUUCUGAGGAUGGAUUGAAGGAUUGGAAGCCGGUGAGCGAUAAGGCGGUUUAUAUGGCGUCAAAGGAGGAGGAUGGAUGGGAUAGCAGGGGAGUUGGAUCUCCAUGUUUGGUUCAGAUGGAUGGAGAUGAAGAUCAAUGGAGAUUGUAUUAUACAGGACUUGGGGUGGAUGGUAGGACUGGAAUUGGGUUGGCUGUUUCUCAUGGGAGUGAAUUUACAAGUUUUAGAAGAUGGGCAGGGUUUCACUUAUGACUAGAAAACUAAUUUUAUGUAUUUGUCAAUUGUCAAUGAAUGAUUGAUCCUAACUCGAUGAAUUUGGUUAAGGACUAAUUUCGAAA